UCAAGCGUUCGCCUUGGUCCGAACGCCAAAAGAGCCUCUUCUGCGUUCUCUCACUCUCAGAGGCUCCGGAGGCGGAAAGAAAGCGCGCGAGAGAGAGGGGUCGGAGGAGAAGUGGGGAGAAAGAAGGGUAUCCAUUCUAGGGCUUCUCUUCGGCGCGGGAUUGGCUUCUUUGAUCGGUAUAUUUUGGAAGCAUUUCCCGUGUUUGUUUGGUUUUUUCCGAUCUUGGCGCCUUCAAGUCGUUCUCCGCUUCCCUCUUUCUCCUUCUACUCGAUCUAAGGGUGGUUUUGUGGGGUUAGGGUUUUGAUAUCUGUGGAUUUUACUGCUCGUAGCUUUAGUUUUGGUGCAGAGGGUUGUUACUGGAGGAGAGCUACGGUUAGGGUUUUUUAUCUUAUCUAUUGAGAAUCGGGGGAAGAGGUUUGUGUUUUCUGUACGUUGAUUUAGGUUUUGGGAUUUCGGGUGGAAGCUAGGGUUUUGCUGCUCAAUUUUGGGUUUUCUCGGUGAAGAGCAAAACCCAAUCUUAGACUUCUGAUUGAAGGUGGGCGUGUUGAUUGGUCUAUGCUAAAGCAGAAAGGCAGAGACCGGGCGACUUAUUUUGGUGGGAAAUUUGAAUCGAGUACCAUCAAAAUAAUUUAUAUAAAUCCGCUGAUAAGUUUUGAAAUUUAUACUGUACAGAGGAAAGUUAUUGAAGUUUGGAAGAAGGGAUUAUGUGGCGUGGUGGAUAUAUAAAAAUUUGAUGUUUUAACCCUAGGAGGAAAAAACUGUUAUUUUUUGUGGAGUGUAUGGCGGUAAAGAAUUGAAGCAAAAGUUCUGGUGAUUUUGGUGCGCAAUGAUGGGGAAAACGCAGAGGUUCUCAAAGGGAUACUCUUCGGGCUUUGUCCCAGACUACCGGCAUGCGGUUGAGACGGUUGGUGAGUCAGAUGGGUUUGGUAGCCCAGGCCAUGUUGACUCAGAGGACUCUUGUGCUCCAAAAAGGAAGUGUAUAAGCUUAAAUAUGGAAAGGUAUGAUGGUUUCAAUGUCCCAUUGCAAGUCAUUUCUCUGUCGAAGUUGUCUGUUCCAGAAAGGAAGGAGCUAGAAACUAGAUUGAGAGGAGAGCUUGAACAGGUUCGACUAUGCCAGAAGAAAAUCCUCUCUAAUAGCUUGGCAAGUGCUAAUGGGGUUGCCGUCGCAUCCUCCAGUGAUGGGCGUGUGAAGAAACAAGAUCUUGUGGGUCAGAAUGGUUCGCAAUUGAAGCAUGGGAACUCUGGAAAGUUUGAAUCUACUAAGCAGGGUCCACCUCCUCCUAUUAGCAACUCAUAUGCCAUGUUGAUGAAACAAUGUGAGGCCCUUAUGAAGCGCUUGAUGGCACACCAGUUUGCAUGGGUAUUUAAUACUCCUGUUGAUGUGGUGAAGUUGAAUAUCCCAGAUUAUUUCCAAGUUAUUAAGCAUCCAAUGGAUUUGGGAACAAUUAAGAGUAAGAUGGCUUCAGGUGUUUAUUCUAGCUUGUGGGAUUUUGUCUCAGAUGUGAGGCUUACUUUCAUGAAUGCCAUGACCUAUAAUCCAGCUGGUAAUGAUGUACAUAUCAUGGCAGAUGUCAUGAGCAAGUUCUUUGAAACAAGAUGGAAACCUAUUGAAAAGAAACUGGCUGCAGCUGUUAAAAGAGAAAGAGAAGCUGCCAAGCCAGUGUUGCAGCUGAAGAAGAGGAAAGCAUCUCCUAUUAAUCACAAUAUUGUUAUGCCUGAGACUGUCAUGCCAAUGAUGUCAGAGGAGGAGAAGCAGAAUCUGGGCAGGCGCUUGGAAACUUUAGGCGAGCUUCCAGUACACAUCCUGGAUUUUUUGAGGAGGCAUACCGGCAGUGCAAAUCAAACUAAUGAGGAUGAGAUAGAGAUUGACAUCGAUUCUCUUGGUGAUGAUAAUCUGUUUCAAUUACAGAAGCUUCUGGAUGAUCAUUUGCAGAAGAAACAGUCAGGGCAGCGAGAAAAAACUGAGCCUUGUGAAAUGGAGAUUUUAAAUGGAUCCGGACUCAGCAAUUCCCCCAGGCAUCCUUGCAAAGGCAAUGAGCCAGCUGAUGAAGAUGUGGAUAUUGGUGGCAAUGACCCUCCUAUUUCAAGCUAUCCUUCAGUGGUGAUCGAGAAAGAUACAGCACUUAGAAGCAGCAAAUGUACUAGUUCAAGCAGUUCCAGUAGCGAUUCAGGAUCAUCUUCUAGUGAUUCGGGCUCUGGUAGUUCCUCAGCAAGCGACUCAGAUGAGAAAGUUGCUAGUCCUCCAAAGGUUAUCAAGGAAAAUGUACGAUCUGGGGCAGCUUUGGACCAAGAAAAAAGUGAUGUUUUAAACCCACUCGAUGGAAAUGGAUCUACUAAUGGGUUAGAUCAACCAGAACGGGACGCUUAUGCUAUACCUGCAUCUGUCGAGGCAAAUAGCCACCAAGAGGGGGGGAAUGCUCCAUCCGAGAGGCAGGUCUUCCCUCAAAAGCUCUAUCGUGCUGCUUUAUUGAGAAGUCGCUUUGCUGAUACAAUCCUCAAAGCUCGUGACAAGACAUUUGACCAGGGUGAAAAGAGGGAUCCAGAGAUACUUCGGCUUGAGAGGGAGGAGCUUGAGAGGAAAAAGAGGGAAGAGAAAGCUCGGUUGCAAGCAGAAGCUAAGGCUGCUGAAGAAGCUCGAAAGCAAGCUGCAGCAGAAGCUGCAGCAGAAGCUAAGCACAAACGUGAGCUCGAGAGAGAAGCAGCACGUCAGGCCUUGCUUCAGAUAGAGAGGACUGUGGAGAUCAAUGAGAGUAGUCAAUUUCUAAAGGAUCUAGAGAUGCUUAGAACUGUUCCAGCUGAACAUGUACCUAGUUCUGUUGGUGAGACAAGCCCAGUUCACUCACAGGAGGAUAUUGGCUGUUUUAAAUUUGGGGGCAGCAACCCUUUAGAACAGCUUGGGUUGUACAUGAAAGCUGAUGACGAAGAGGAGGAAGAUGGUGAGCCAAGCACUGCUCUUGCAAAUGAUGUUGAGGAAGGAGAAAUUGAUUGACCAUCUUCAGCCUUUCCUAUUACAUAUAUGCCCAUGGGCUGUGGUCUCCACAGCAUAGUCUGUUGGGUGGCGGACUGGGCCAAAUGUGUUCCGAGUACCAAGUGUUUUUGUUGGCCUAAACCAACCGAGUCAAGAUCGUCAUGAUUUCGUUGCCAGACAGACUACUGAUGGUGUGCUAUGCUGGUUUCUGUUUUGGUUUCUGGCUUGUAUCCAAGUGGCCGUCAGUUUUGGUGUUGAGAAGCAGGUUGGUCCCAUCGGGAAGCUUGUGUACUCUACGUGAGCGUUGGACUGCAGUAUGGAUUGGUUUAGAGGAAAUUGGUGAGUCUGACUCUUGCGUUGCAGAUUCAAAAUAUGUGAUAUUUUAUAAGCUGAUUGAGGCAUCAGAUUGCAUUCCAUGUCGCCUAUGACAAUGUGGGAGGUGUUGGAGAUUGCUGUUAAUAGUUAUUGUUUUUCAUCUUUGCCUCCCAUAACUGUACAAAGACAGCUGAUAGAUAAAAACAAAGUUCUUUUGUUCUUAUUGCAGUUAUGUUCUAACUGA